AUCAUAAUCAGAAGUUCCCAAACAACUCUCAAAGUUCUAAAUCAAUCUCGCUAAAGGUUUCCUGUUUGGAAAUUUCAGAUCAAAUGUCUGAACCAAAACAUCAUCCAACGGAUCAUCGCUCAGAAAAAGAUGUUAAAGCACCCAACAUAAUUGAGAGAGCUAAGGAAGAGAUUGGGGCCAUAAUCCACACUGAUAAAAAACCACACCAUCACAAAGAGACACAUGGAAGGAACGAUGAUAUCGAUGAGGACACCCCCGUACAUGAUGUUAAAGGCCCUAACGUGUUUGAACGAGUGAAGGAAGAAGUGGAGGCCAUUGUUGGAGCAAUUCAUCCUAAGAAAGAAUCUAAAGGAUCAUGAGUCAUCUUCAAAGUAAGAGGUGGGUUGAGACUUCUACCAUGAGAAAGAUGUUGUAAAAUUUGCUUUCAAUGAGGAUCGUGUUGUGAAAGUUAAACUGUAUAUUUUUAGGAUGUUUAAUUGCUUUAAUUUGUUUACUCAACUGAGACGUUAUGAAUUAUAGUCCUUGUUUGCUUUGUAGAAUUUGAUUCUUGCGUUUGACAAGUAACUUGUCUUUUCCCAA